AUGGCUGCUGCUGGCGCUGGCGCUACCUUACCGCCUAAUUUCAACCCUGCUGAGCCCCUGGGUGACCUGGAAAUCGGCGUGCUGGUCGCGUAUGCAUUAUUCGGGAUUACCACAGCGCAAGCCUACACUUAUUAUACACGGUUUCCCAACGACUCCGUGUUGACAAAGCUCUGGGUUGCCUUCAUCUGGUUAUGCGAGCUUGCCCACAUCGCCUGCAUCGCGCAGACGCUGUUCACCGCCACCAUCAAGGACUACAUGCAUCCUGAGCGAUUGGGAGGAGUGUCGCUCUCCAUGCUCGUAUCAAUUUUGCUCACCGGUAUUAUCGCGGCUCUGGUGCAGGGCUUCUUUGGCUUGCGGAUAUACCGCCUUUCUCGGCAGCCCUACAUCCCAUUCGUCAUUUUCCUUCUCGCGCUGAUUCAGGUUGCAUUCAGUAUCAUUCCGUUCAUCGGCGCACAGCAAAUUGCCCAGAUCGUCGAGCAACAGAGCUGGGUCGUCUACUCCGAAUUGGCGGUGUCGGCGGCAAACGACCUUAUCAUCGCGGUCACCAUAGUCACGCAUCUGUGGUGGGAGAAGAACAUCGCUAAUCAGAGCACAACGGUCGUUUUGGAGAAGAUUAUCAUGUGGACUAUAGAAACUGGAAUCAUAACAAGUGCCGCUGCACUGUUGGCUUUGAUCCUCUUCGCAACCAUGCCUGGAAGCUUCGGCUGGCUCGCAGUCGAAGUUGUCGUUGCCAAAUUGUACUCCAAUUCCCUAUUGGCAAGUCUGAACUCGCGAUCGACCCUCCGCGCAUUACGCACUGAUCAAACCAACACCGGAUCCUACACAAUGCAAGUCAGCGUCUCGACCAAUGUCGAGGUAUCGAAGCACGGCAAGUUCGGACGCGGUAGUGUGCAGUAUCUCUCCAGCGAGAGCAUGGAUUCGAAACCGUGUCCCCAUCAGAGUGGAUUUUUUCCGUGA